UGUGAAGGUCUCAUGAAAGAAAGCCGAGAGAAGGGAGAGGAAAAGAAAUGAUCAGAGCCUUGCAGAUUUUCACAGAGAAAGUGGAAUACACAUGUUUAUGAUUUGUGAAAGUUUUGUGUAACAUGGAAUCUGCUUGGUAAAAGAUUAUUUUCUUCCUGAGGAAAUUUCUGUGACUUGAGUGUCUGUGAAGUGUGCUGCAUCAACCCCACACUCAGUGACCAGGCAUAAGAUGUCUGCUUGCUGCCAGAUAAUGGGGAUUAGUCCAAAGACUGUGGGUGUUCCUGAAGGAAACUUUAAUUAUGAAUUAUUUAUGCCUUAAAAGAUGACAUGUUGCCUUCCACUUCCUCCCCAGUAGAGGCCGCACCAACCCCCGUCUCUCCCUCCGCUCCUCUCCCCUGCCAGCCUCAAUAUGUAGGUCCAGUCAAGGAGGGUGCAGUGAGAGAUGACCACCUGCCACCCCAUCCGGCAGAUCUGGGAAUGUGUGGUGCCGAGGAGGGCAGUCAGGAGGGGAGGGUAACUAAUCCCCCGCCAGACCUGUGCACUCGGGACGGCCCCAACUCACAGAGACAUGGGAACAGAGCUCAGUGCGUGGAAGAGGCUGUAGGUGGAGCCGCCAUUGCUCAAGGUACCUGUGAUUAUGAAUAUGCAUUAAGUGAUUCACACUGUGGGGGAGAGCGAGUGGACAGCAUGGAGGAGGGUGCCUGUGGUGUAGCUUCCUCACAGCACCGCCCAGAGGAGGCCCUGCACUGCACUGAAGACAUGAUGUGCAGCCCCAAAGCCGCUCUUCCAGACCUAUGUGACACAAGUAGUGGAGCAAGAAGCAGAACAAAUUACAAGAUCACCAGUAAUACCGUCUCUGUGGAGGACAUGCAGUGUGAGGUGCCAGGGGAAGCAGGCAGCAGUCAGGCGCUGGAGAGCUGCGAAGGCAUUCACAGGUCAGACAGAGAGAGGGUGUGUGAGACUUAUGAGGGUGACGUCAGGGAGGUUCACGAUUCCAAUUUGAAAAACAACAUUCCCAGAGGUGCGUUGGAGUUGGAAGGUGGAAUGGAGGGAGAACCAAUGGUAGCAGACAGUGUUGAUGGCAUUCCUGUAGAAUUAAAUAAAAACUUUGAAAACAGAAAUGCAGAAAACAGAGACGAGCCUCCCCAGAGUGGCUGUGAUGUGAUAGAGACCAGUGAUGCUUACAUGGACAGUUGUGGCGAUGUGAAUGAUUCUCACAGCCUUGAGAUGGCAGUGGGCCCCCUGGAGAACUACCUUAUACACGAUAACCAGCAGAUUUCCCUGGUAGCGUGUGGCAUCACGCAGUGCGACCCAACCCUGCAGCAGGACAUGGCCGUGGCAGAAGCUCCAGACACGGGUGACGGCAUGAGCUUGAUCAAGUACAACCUCCACCACUCCAGCCAUCCAAUGUACGACAAGUGGCCAUGUUACUUCUACAUCACUGAGGAACACCUGCCAAACUUUACCAUAGACUCCCAUGGCAGACAUAUUGGAUCUGACACUCCUCCCAUGUUCUUCCCCACCCCGUCUGUCAGCCGGCCGGCAUCCAACUUGACGGAAGAAGAGCAGGUGAAGAUUGCCAAGCGGAUGGGCCUCAUUACUCACCUGCCUUGCGGUAUAUUUGACGGCACCAAGAAGAGUGGAGAGUGUGUGAUAUGCAUGAUAGACUUCUCGGUGGGUGACCGGGUGCGUUACCUGCCGUGCAUGCACACCUACCACACUGAGUGCAUCGACGACUGGUUGAUGCGCUCCUUUACCUGUCCCUCCUGCCUUGAGCCUGUUGAUGCCGCACUCCUGAACACAUACGGGACGAGCUAGCGUGUGCCGCCGCUGCCGGGGUGUGCUGUGCUGUCCUUUCUUACUGAUUCACUGUUGAUAUUGGUAUUUUACUCUGAGUGUCGGAGUGCUGGACUGGGUGACUGUGUCUGGAGUUCAUGUCUGUAAUAUAAAAAAAAAAAAAACUAUAUUCUCUAAUCACAGACGUUGUUAUUGCUUUUUGGUUAAAUUUGAAUCCAAAAGGUAUGUAAAAUUUGUAUAGUAUAUAUAUAAUAUACUUAAAAUGGAGUUAAGUAUGGGAUUUCAGUGGAACUCAUCUGCAGAAGACUGUGUUGAUUCAGUUUUGUGUUUGUCAUCUUGGUUGUCAUGUGAUGAGUUUUGGAGAUGAAGAGCUUGGAAGGAAGUCACACAUGAAGCCCAGCAUGAAAGAUUAAACUUUUGAAUGAUGAUUAGUAAAGAGUCAAGGAUACUCAUGUGUGUGUUAGGUAGCAGAGUGUGGCAAGAGUGUGGGAAUGAUGUUUUCUUCAUUACCAUAUAAGACUUGACAUGGCGUAUCUUGUAUCAAAGUGUAUUUACAGCAACACUAUUGAGAAUAUUUAGCUUUUCUUGAGCUCUAAACAACAACAAACUUGUUCCUUUAUCAGAUGUACAUUAAGGAAAACUUUACUCUUUAUUUUCAAGUUUGAGUGAUUACUUUGCUUACCAGGCGCCUUCUUUUUAAGUGAGAUGAAAGACUCGGUAGAUCAUUUACCAGGAAAUGGCUUGGUAAAGAUAAAAACAGGAACUUUGAGGACAUAACAUCUAUAUACUCUUCACUCACACAUAAGAGAGUUUGAGUGAUUGUUUUGCUUGCCAGGUUCCUUUUUAUAGUGAAGAGAAAAGCUCUGUAAAUCACCUAUUAGGAAAUAGCUUGAAUAAAGAGGGCAACACUUAUCCACCUCACUCAUACAUUACUAAGGGGACUGACAAGCUAGACUGACUUCGUAUGACACUGACAUCAGUAUAUUCUUCACUUGCACAUUACUGAGAACUGAUAAGCUAGACUACAAAGACAUAAAUUACUUUGUACAACACUGACAUCGAUAUUCUCCUCACUUGCACAUUACUGAGAGAACUGACAAGCUAUACCACAAAGACGUCAGUGUGUAGCAAGGACACACAGCAUCCCCAAGCCAGCAUCAUCAGCAGCAUAUCACAUUAUGGGGAGCAGAGUCAGGCUUUGCAGUCCCGUCUUUCAGUUCACAAAGGAGAGCAUUGCCCAAAGGAUAAUGUUUUCCUUUGACCCCAUGAAUCUAACUGUAGAUAUUUGUUGUACUAUAAGUUCCAAUAGUUCCUCUUUUCAUGGGCAUUCAGUUUUGUCCAUUGAUACAUAGUUUACUUUUAGUCAACUGUCCUGAUGAGAUCUGGUACUGGGGAGUAUAUAAUAUAGCACUUUCAUGACUCCCAGGUAAUCAUUCUUGCAAAGCUGGUUGUGCCUUAGCUUUCCAUUAGUAUUCCUUUAUGACUAGCAUGGUGUUCCUCAAGGAUAUUCUUACACUCACAGUUCUUCAAACAUAUCAUUACUUUUCCACAGCAACUAAAAAUCAUCCCUUGACAGCCACUUUGUCUUCCGCCACAGAGUCACUCCCUGUGUGUCACUUUUGUUCUCAUCGCACCUCAUGAUCUCAGUUAUCUGGUGCUUCUUCCUCUCAUUAAUCCACUUCUUUACUACCCAGGAAAUGCAAUAAUUGAUCCCUAAAACUGUGAGUCUGAGAGGAAUGCAGCCUUUUCUUUUGCUUCACUGAAAUGAUUAACAAGUAUUUAUAUGAUCACAAAUAAUGCAUUUUUUUUUAUUUUAGAUUGGGAGUAAUAUUUUUAUCUGAUAUGCUUUGUGUAUAUGUAGUACUAAAAAAAAUAUGUAUGCUUGCCUAGAAAUUGGCUGCAAUUAGUUAGAUAGUAUUUUCAAGCUCUUAAGUUGAUAGACCACGUGCUAUUAUAACCUUCAUGCAGCAGAUGGUUAUGUAGUCGGACACUGUUUUAAUCCAGGGAAGCAUCACAACCUCCUCGGAUCUUGGUUUUAUUGGCGUCACAAAUCACAAUCUGGCAUUAACUACUAGGGAUCCUUGUAAUGUCUGGAGCGUUCAGUGUACUAAACCAGCGUCACCUCUUUAAGACACUAAUCUUUGUCGUAGUAUAUUUGAACCUAGUCAUAAAGUAAUGGAAUGGAUGAUAACGAUGAUGAUAUUGGUUAUUUUUAUUCAUUCAUUUAUCUUUUAUUUAUCUUUUAUUUAUUUUCCUCGUGUUAUUGAAGUGGUAGAAAGUAAAGUUGUUGUUGGUUUUGUUGAUUAACCACACACAUAUCUGACAGUAUUUUGUUUAUUUAUGAAUCCAAGUAUAUUUUAUGGUAAUUAAGGAAACAUCAUUAUGCAUAGGAUGAAGUAUUGGGGAUGCCUAGUGAGGACCUCUAUCAUUAUAUUUCCUUUUGAUUAUUAGCUGGAAUUAUUGGUGCAUCCUCAUUAACCUUCAUGGAACUAUUACUUUGAGUCAUGGCUUGAAUCUAAGUCACUGUUGUGUGAUAAUAUCCAUAUUUACUACUUUAUUUUCUCUCUUUAUUUGAGUACCGUAAGAUAUCACAUAGUCAAAUUAUGUUUCAGUUGUGUACAGUAUCUAGACUAGUUUGUAAGAAGACAUCAAGCUUAUAUUUUGUAUGUUGAAUUCAGUCUGUUAAACCUUUGGUCUUAAAUCAAGUUGUAAAUUUUCUACAUCCGUGUUUUACAGGAAUUUGUGUGUUUUUUCGUAGAAUUUGGAUGAUUUCAUGGUUCAAAAAUAGAGAAGUGUACAUUGACGUUUCUCUUCAGUGUAAUGUAGUAUGUUUAGGUAAAUUUCAGAAUUCCCUUAUUGUGACAUUUAUAUAAAACUUAGCCUAAAGGAAAUUUCAUGCAGUAAAUUUUUAGAAUGAUAAAGUAGAUAAAAAGAAUAAUUCAUAGUUGUGAGUCCCAACACCAAGAUGUUUGCCAAGAGAACCAGAGAAAAUGCCUUCUGUGUGAUGGUUGAACCUCAGCUUAACAGAACUAGGGUGGCACAGAGCCACUGUUGUGUUUGACAGCAGGAGGUGGAAAUAUAAGAAACAUUGCUUUGUUCCACUAUAAGAUAUGACUAUGACAAGAUUUGAUAAAUAGGAAAUGACAGAGACACAAAAAUAUUUUCACUUCUUUCAUUGUGCAAAGUGCCAGCAGUGCUGGAAAGUGUUCACUUCAUCAAGAAGUAACUCUCUUUAUCACAAAAGUGAUGAAAGAGAAUCUAUUCAAUAAUGAUACAAUUUGACACUGUGCUAAAUACUUUGGAAACAGCACCUGCAUGUGGCUGGUGGCCUUGCAGUGUUUUAAAAGUUUAAAGUUUCACCUCAUAAUGGAUACAGUAUUUGUGCAAAUUCAUAUCAUGAGGCAUUGCAGUGUGUGCAGCAGAGGCAAGAGUUUAGUCAAGUCAAUAAAAUGUUUGACAUGGUAGUGGUGACAUGUAGUAAAUGGCAGCUUUAAUUAUUUAUUUAUUUAUUUAUUUAUUUAUUUUUUCACAUGAGCUACAAACCUGUUGAGCUCACGUUCAACCUCCUCCAGGAGACACAUGCAGCGUGUUAGUUACAGGCUCAUACAAUUAUUGGCACUUGUACUGUAUUCCACGUGCUUUAUAUAUAUAUAUAUAUAUAUAUAUAUAUAUAUAUAUAUAUAUAUAUAUAUAUAUAUAUAUAUAUAUAUAUAUAUAUAUAUAUAUAAGCUUAAAUAAUAACAUUGUUUUCAAGUUUUCUAAAUCACCUUUCAUUGGCAACAAAUAUAUAUCAAAUAUUGUAAGUACAAUAUGGACUGAGUAAAGUUGCAAACAAUGUAGUAAGACACUGAAGGGGUCAAGAGUGAAGAGGCUGGGGAUAAACUACUCAUGAGUUCAUUCUUGAAGCAAGAUGAGUGCAGAGUGUCUGGCUGGUUGGUGGGUCAGAAGGGAAGGGAAAUUUGUUGCUCUCAGCAUGAAUAAGACACAGUGUUUAGGCAGUAAAUAAUUCUUAUGGUAGUAAUAUAUUUAUGAGUGAACCAUUGCACUGUUCUCAGAGGCAUUAAGACAGGGAGGGUCUUCACCACAGGCCUACUGUGCUGUUUAUCUUGGACUUCAGAAUGGCAUUGUACUUUUAAAUUUUAACCAUUGAGGUGGAUGACCUGGACUCAAGAUGGACUGAGUAAGAGUAUGUGCAGCAGCAGCAGCAGCAGCAGCAGCAACACCAGUCUCUAUACACUUUAACAGUAAAUUGUAUGUGCCUUAGUGUUGAGUUGUAAUUGUACUUGGUAGUGGAAGUGGUGGUGGUGGCUUAGGGCAAAACUGAUCAAGAAAUUUCAUGAUGUUGAUAAUGGAUAAUUAUUAUGUUGCAUUUCUUGAUCUUUGUAAAAAGUGAUGUGCUCCAUUGCUAGCUGCUAGCCAACCACUUGUUGAUUUAAAUAUUAAUUGUAUUUGGAAAAAAUGUUCAUUGGAGCACCUGUUCAAAAGUGGAUGUCAUAGACUUCAUGCCAAGUUACAAAACAAACAUUCCUGAUGUGUAUUACAUAAACCUGCCAAGUAAUUCCAGAUCAUAAGUUGACAAAUUCCAAAUUGUUGUGACUUAUUUGUAGCCUUAAAGAGAGAGAGAGAGAGAGAGAGAGAGAGAGAGAGAGAGAGAGAGAGAGAGAGAGAGAGAGAGAGAGAGAUGACAAUCAGACAUCUUGUAGUCAAAAUUUGUGAUUUAUUGCUAAAACCAAAGUGUUAAAUGAAUCCAAUAAUUUGUGUGUGUGUGUGUGUGUGUGAGUGAGAGAUUUGUCCUCUGCCUAGGUCCAUCCAUGCCUCACCUGCUCUUAAUAAUUAGGGACAAAGGUAAAAUUGAAAAGGUAUCUUCACUUUUGGCGCUUGAAGGAGUCUGUGGUAAAAGAAAAAAAAAACUAAUUACUGAUAGGGAACUCAUGAAAGAUGUAGUGAUGACACUGCUCUGGAUUUUGUCAUAGAGAGAAUGCAUCUAUCCAGGGCACUGCAUCCAAAUUAUAUGCAUAGAUGUAUGACAUAUAGAACUGCGAUGCAAUUGAGUUAUAUAAAGCACUGAAUUAAAGUCAAAGCCACUUGUUGUUUUUCACUGCUUUAAUUUCUUUGCUUAUAAAGGAUUUUUGUGUGUCGGAAAUGAAGUUACAGGAGGGGUUUUUAAGUGUGAUGAAAAGGAAAGUUCUCUUGCUUGUACAGUGUGGUGUGGGAACUUUCUGAAAUGCAGGAGAACUAAGUGGUGAAUAUUGACAUGUUUUGGUGUUAUUGAUACAAGGUGGAUCUAAAUGAGGAGGGAAAGUUUGUAAGAUGCAGAACUAGGCAUGGAAUAUUGAUUUUUUUGUGUGUAAAAAGUUAAAUAUAUGUAAAGGAAAGUGUGGGAGGGGAUGAUUUGCUAUUAUUGGUAGAAGAUGAAUAUAAAGAAAAAAUGUUUGGCUGAGAAGACUUCACAAACAUCAGUUUGUAAAUAAGGUUCAUUAUCAUGUAACUCAGAAGUGUGGUUUUCAUUAAUUAUGUUCCAGAAACACAAAUAUAUAUGUAGCUAUCAGCAGUUUAUAGUCUGUAAAUGUUAACUAGGAGACAAGCAGUUACAAGCCAUUCAGAAUGACUUCCUAUGCCUCUCAUGUAGACAGCAUCACCUUCAUACUCUGUAGCAAAUAUCAUCCCAUCAACAUGCACACCCACUGACAUCAAUUAUUCCCUUUGUGUCAGAUGAAUUAUCAUACCAAGGUUAUGUUUGAUUUUGUAUUUUUUCUGUUAAUAUCGCAUUCUCUUAUUACUGUUCAGUUCUCAUGCCACUGCACCAGACAACCACAGCUGUCUGGUGACUCUUUCCAACUUCCUAUUCACCUCAAGUCAAGUGGUUGAGGUGCUGAAGGAAGGAGGGACGGGAGAGUGAAUGCACUGAGGUGUGGGAAUGGCUGCUGCUGUGGUCUGAACCCAUCACCUUUCCAUAUGACCUUUGAUGUUUGGCACUUCAUUGAUUCCCAUGAAUAAACCCCAUCAUCUGCCAACCCUCUGUCACUUCCUUAUUAUUGUGGGACCUUAAGUCAGUCAGUCAGUGAACCUCUCGCUUUCUAAGUUUUUAAAUUUGCUUUUGCUCUUUUAUAUUUUGAUGUUGCCUUGCAUUGUGUGGUGGAAAGUGUGGCGGCACAGCACGGCCCCAUGUACCAUGAUAAAUUUGACAUUUGCUCAUGCCAGUCUCCACCUCUAGUGUCUUGGCACAAACAGGCCAGGAAAAGUAGAGCAUAUACAUAUUCUCAUAGAUGCAUUUGUUGGGAAAUACUGAAGUAGAAGUUAAUGAAACAUGCCAUCUUGUAAGGCAAGCAGCUUUGUUUUUUUCUGCCUGCUGUUGUAUUUUUUUUUGUGUCUGAUGACAUUGUUGGUGGGAUAUUAUUUGAUAAAGACUUCUUGUAUGUACGUAUGUCUUUGACUAGGCACAUAAUGUUACCUGCAUGGUGUGUAGCUGACUCAUGCAGUCCUGGAGUCAUCAGACAUCACCAUAAACACUUCUUGGAUCUGUUGUUUCAGUCCACAUGUGUCUGAGUCACAGCACAUGUGUUUUGUUAUGGAGGACUCUGUUAUGUCAUGGAGAAAAGUAAAAAUGCUGCAACUGUUUAAGUCAUUAAGAAAUGUGUUAAUUGUUUGUUAAGGGAUCAGCAAUCUCAAUAUUUGUGCCUCACACUGACGGUUGCACCUGUGUUCCAGUUCACUCUUGUGUCAUGAACAAUGAUUUGCCGUGCUUUGAAAUCUGUACGUUUGCAGCUAAAAUUCUUAAUGUGACACUCCCAGGUGCAUAUUUGCUGUAUAAAAAAGAGAGACCUUUUAAUUAUUUUGCUAUACAGUAUGGAACUAUUUCAUCAGUAUGUAUGAUAGCCAUAGCUUGUAGUAUUGCUAGACAGAUUUUUGUAUGACAAAAUUUUGUAUUAUCAAGUUAAUGUACAUUAAAGCCAUGAAUAAGAUGUUAGGCAAUAUAACAUGUACAAUUAAAAUUUUUAUUUGGUAUAAGAAUAGUAAAUGGAUCAAUUACUAGACUGUUUCCAUUGUACUUAAGAAAACUUUAAGGUUAAUAUUUGAAUGACCCUUCAUAGGUGUGGGUGUCGUGCUCGGGCCAUGGCCUGGUCACGGCGGGGCUUCCUGGCAUGGGAGGUACUGUGCUGGGGGAGGCGAUUCCCUUGGAGAGACUCUGCAGGCAGUUGUAUUUAAUUAGAGUAGAGAACUUGGCAUUUCCAUCAGCGUAAUGUUGCUUUUCAAUCUGGUACUGUACUGAGAGAGGCACAUUUGUCCUUGGCUUCAUCAACGUCCUGCAGAUAACUGUAGGGUUUGUAAUUGUCCCAUGCCACUGUUUUCUGAAAGGCAAAGUAUUUUAGAAGUCUGCUGUUUCAUAAUGUAGGAAUGCAGCCGUGAGGUGAAUUAUAUCUAUAUAUUCCUGCUCAUAAUUGUUAUGAUGUACUGAGUAAAUAAGUUUGAAUGUAGAAGCAUUAUUCAUGAAAUGUCAUAUGGACAAGUGGCAAAAAAAUGUACAUGAGAAAUAAUGAAAAAAUCACCAUUGUCAGUUAUCCACACACCAGGCAUCUGCCCUCACAUAUUGAUCAUUCCUAUAUUCCUGUUUGUAGCAGCACCAGCAGCAGCACCAGCAGCAGCACAUGACACCUGAUAUAGAAUUAUGAUAUGGUGGUGCUGCAGUGUGGCACAAGUUACAAUGUCAGUGUUGAUAUCAGUACUGUCCAAACAGCACAGCAAAGCAAGCCAGCACAGGACCUUCCAAUAGUCCAUAUGCAUAACAGACCCAGAUCACAAGACAUUGGUCAGUAAAAAUGCACAGAGUGAGGGAGACACCUUGGUGUGUGGACACUUGACUCAUGACUCAUAUACAAUGUCAAGGCUUGAUACCUUCCUGAAUGAAGUAAUGCACAUUGUAUCUUCCCAUUGUUGAAUGUCAGGAUGUAAAGAAUGAACAAUUCAGAUAUCUGGUGGCUCAUUUGAAGUAUAUAUUGCUUUUCUUAUCAUUGAGAAAAAAAUGGAUCAUCUUUCAUGCUAAAAUUUCAGAGGAUAAUGUUUGUAUUCUAGGGACAGAGGAUAUGGAGCCCUGUGACAAGGAGGUGACAAUAAUUGUUUUGCCAAGUGCUGAAAUGUGAUUAAUAAUGUAAGGUGUGUCUUGCAGUAUUGCAUGAAUAUGUAUACUAUUCAUCAGAGGAUAUUGCAGCCAGACUUGAUCCAUAACAAUGUGAUAAUUGCUUGAACUGAGGAACCUGGUUUUCAUUUCAUACAUUGAGCUUUAAUAUAGACAUUAGCAAUCAGUGUUGUAAAGUUGCUAAAUUAAGUAAGUAAAGCUCUUGAAAAAACUUAUUUGACUGAAUUAUAUGCCUUACUCUUUUCUAGAUACUUAACUAUCUGUGCCGUUUUCUUGUACUCUGCGUGUGUCUGGUAGGACUGAUAGGAAUUAAAGAAUGUUGUCUUAUUUGACCAACUUUUUGUGUAUCAGUAAAAAGUUGUUUAUUUGACUGCAUCUUUUUUGUAUUAGUAAAAAGUUGUUUGAUUUGACUGCAACUUUUUGUAUCCAGAUUAAUCUAAAGUAUUUUCAGUGUAUCUAUUCUAUUAAUUCCAUGAGAUAAUCUAUUAUUUUUCCUUAUCUUCCUUGUAACUUGAUGACAUGUCUUACUUGUAUCUCUUGUUACUGAACUGCAUAUAUUAAAUUAUUUUAAACCUUUCAUAA